AUGAACCUCUCCGUUGCACCCCCCGGGACAUUCGAAGCCUGCAAGAUUCGACAAGCCGAAGCCAUUCAAUUGGAGUAUUUACGGCUCUUUGAAGACGUGACCGAGUAUGAGCCCCCUACGAAGUGGUUGGAUGGCUGCUCGCCUGCGCAUCCGCAUUCGAUGACACCGAACGAGUUCAGCUCUGGUACUCCUCCCACCGUGCAACCUAACCCAGACCUCUUCGACGACAUCGACAGGUUCCUUUCCACCGAUGGAAACGCCAUUCGCGCCUUGAACUACAGGGUGCAUCGGCUCGUCAACAGAGGGCCAAGCUCAUCCCCCCGACCGCGAUAUCUGCCAUCGACAUCAAUCACGUCGCGGGUCCGGAUGCACGAUUUCGACGGCGAGAGUAUCCGUUUGCUAGACCAUGUGUCUGCAGUUUGGGAUCUCCGCGACGUAGGCCAUCUCACUGGCGCCCGUAAGCCCGGCCCCAAAACGGACACCACGAAUCCGGCUCCGCUGUAUUCGGAUGGAGUCGUCUUCGGCGAGCCUCUCCCGGUCAUCUAUACCCCUGAGCCCAAGGCGUCGAGCGUGGACGAAAGACCCGCACAUAUACCUCCCUUUCGGAGACAUUGGCAGACCACAUCAGUGGCCAUUUCACGGGCAGAUGCGCUCUUCGGCAUCAGACCACGGGUCUCAUGCUGCAAUUCUUGCUCGCUGUCGGAAGUGGCUGUACUUCGAAGUGAGGAACACGGUCAUGCCCACAAACUGGCGUAUCAGAAAGUGGCCGAGCAGAUGCUGGCCAGAGACACCCCCAGCGAGAAUGAUCGUGUUCCCCUGCAAGCCAUCCUGGCGCAUAUUCGCUACGAGGGAUGGCAGUGUCAGUGA